UUUAGAAGAAGGGAGGAGUGUUGUAAUGCAAACACUUCAUGUAAACUCCCACUUAAGGCAUCACUUCUAUGUGAACAGAGGACUACAGUGUGUGAGAGCUAAAGGCAAGAGAAGAUCAUCUUUUUAAAGAAGUCACUUAUUGAGCCCCUACAUCUUGGUUUUCCACAGAGGAUCAGAACAUGAGUCUUCUACUCUUUGGUAUAACUGCCCUCCACAUCGCCAUAUUAAUCAUCCUCUUCGUCGCCACCCUUGACAGUUCCUGGUGGGUGCUCUCACAAGAUGAGACUCUGAACCUAUGGCACGACUGCAUUUACAACAACAGCUCGCAAAGCUGGAUGUGCACUUCAGUGUCUACAAAUGAGUGGUUCCAUGCAGUACAGGCUUUGGUGGUUCUUGCAGUCCUAUUUUCCAGCUUUGCAUUCAUGCUGUUCAUGUGCCAGCUCUAUACCAUGGAGACAGGGGGACUCUUUUAUGCAACCGGUGUCUUUCAAAUUCUUGCCAGUUUGGCUGUAUUUUCUGGAGCAGUAAUCUACGCAACCCAUGUGACGGAGUUUCAUAAAGAUAAGGGUGAAGGAGGAUCCUUUGGCCAUUGCUUUGUAUUGGCUUGGGUAGCCUUUCCUCUCAGCAUGCUAAGCGGCAUUAUGUACAUCCACCUAAGAAAACGGAAGUAACAAAAAAAAACAUUUGCCUUACCACAGAUGAAGAGAUCUAAACAAGGAGCAUAGGAUAGACUCAGGGAGGAUUUCUCGUCGGGUUUGUCUUGUGAACCUGAAGCUCACUGGAUUUGGCAUAUACUAAUAUGAUUCUUUAUUACUCCCACGUCAUGGAUCACCACAUUCCCAGAAACAAUUGUCACAUAUUAUAAAAUAGGAUUUGCCGAACAGGUUUCAUGAACAAACCACACAUUUGCACCCAUCAGUUUGAAAAUAAAUGUGAUGUUCCAGGUCAUCUGGAGAAUCAGGUCUCAGGAGACCUUUAAUGCUUUAUAAGAUUUAUUUGCCUUUUUCUUGUCAUAAAGUCAGCAUUUCAGAUUGAAAAAGUCAUCCUACGGGAAAUACAUGAUAGAUGUCAAUAUAUAUAUACAUAUAUAUAUAUAUAUAUACACACACACAAAUGUUUAAAUGCAGUGUUCUAUCACAAGGCACUGGAUAAUAAGGCAGCAGGCAGAAGAUGCUUUAGAAAUGACCUUGAAAAUAGCUUCAGAUUUUCUACUAUUGCAAAUACAGUAAUAUGAUAUAUAUAUAUAUAUAUAUAUAUAUAUAUAUAUAUAGUAGUUUCAAGCAUAAGAGCCAGCAAAGACCCCCUCCGCAUGUGCACGUGAUCAGCAACCAGCAAGUCAGCAAUCCAUAAACAUGCAAUCUCCACCACAGCACAAAA